AUCGCCGCCCACGCCGCCGUCGACAACAGUGGACUCGCGCACCGACCGAUGCUCGGGCGGUCCGGCAUCCUCUGCGCCCUCGUGGCGUGCGGCCUCCUGGCCCUCGUGGAGGUCGAGGGCAAGGGCAAGAAGGCGUCCCUGAAGCGCAACUCGGCCAUGCACAAGAAGCGGAAGCGCUCGAGCUCCAGCAAGCGCCGCCGGCGCCCGCGCUACGACGACGACGACGACUUCGGCGAGGACGACGACGACGACUUCGACGGCUACGGCCGCGAGAGCCGCCAGGUCGACUACUACCGGCCGCGGCGCAAGCCGCAGGGCCCGACGAUGCUGCAGCGCGCGCAGCGCAUGGCGGCCGAGGCGUCGAAGAAGGCGCUCGAGACGACGAAGACGGCGGCGUCGCGGGCCAAGGUCCUCGCGGCGGAGGCCGCCGUCAAGGGCCACGAGGCGAGCCGCCUGGCCAAGGCCUACUACAGCAGCGAGUACGAGAAGUUUUUGCUCACGGCGACGUGGCCGAGCGACCAGCGCGUGUCGCCGCAGCUCGCGAAGCGGCUCGUCGAGUCCGUCGCGCGCUUCCCCGCGCGGCCCCACGCGCUGCCCGACGACGACCCCUACCGCGUGACCCUGCGCAAGCUCUGGAAGAAGAUGGUCGAGAAGGACUGGCGGACGACGACGAAGGCGCUCUACCUGCUCCACGCGCUGAGCCGGUCGACGCCGACGAAGAACGCGCGGGCCCUGAGCCGCACGCUCAAGUCCAUGGUCGGCGACGCCGACCCCAAGAGCGGCAAGAAGUACUUCUCGCGCCGCGAGCUCGUCGCGCUCCGGGACGCCGACGACGCCGGCGGCCGCGCGGCGCUCGUCGACGCGUACGCGGGCUUCGUGCUCCGGCGGGCGCUGCUCUUCGCGGGCAAGUUCGAGGACGUGAGCCCGCCGUCGAAGAAGAAGAAGGCCGCGGCGCCGGAGGCCUGCGACGCCGACGCCGACGCCGCGCUCCUCAAGCGCGCGCAGAACGCGCUCCUCGUCGCGGACCACGCGCUCCAGUUCGUCGCCGUCGCCCUCGACGACGGCGACCCGCGCCGCGCCCACCUCGUCGUCGUCUCCUGCCUCGAGCUCGUCGUCGCGGACCUCGUCGAGGCCUGGGGCGCCGCGGGCGCCGCGCUCGGCCCGCUCCUCGCCGCGGCCGCGGGCGACGGCGACGACGCGACGGCCGCCGGCGCGCGCGACGCCGCGGCCAAGUACGCGGCGCUCCGACCCAAGGUCAAGAAGGCCGCCAAGGCCGCGCUGAAGACGCUCCGCUUCUUCGACCUCCGCGUCUCCGCGGACCUGUCCGCGGGCGACGUCGACGACGCGGCCCUCGAGGCGGCCCUCGCCAAGGGCGGCGGCGCCGAGGAGGCCGAGGACGACGACGAGGACGACGAGGCCGACGAGGAGGACGACGACGACGAGGACGAGGAGGACGAAGAGGAGGAGGACGAGGAGGACGAGGAAGAGGAGGAGGACGAGGAGGACGAGGAGGACGAGGACGACUUCGAGGAGGAGGACGACGAGGACGACGACGAGUAGGCGUCCCCCCACCCCGCGGCCCGCGCGCCAAGAGCGCGGACCGAAAGCGCCUAACAAAGAUCAACGUCACACUGCACGUUUAGCUCGAUAGG